AUGUUUGGACGUCCUUUUCUCAGCUAUGACAUUGCCCCUUCUCCCUUCUCUGUUUAUUAUCCUACUAUGGCCUGUCUCCAGCAGCAUCACUCCCAACCACCGGCAUCGGUAAACAAUAACACGAGCGGCCCUUCUAACGGUGAUGUUAUCGCAGUUUUGAAGACCCUGCCAAAAGACCGUCCUUUCGGUGUUGUGGAUGACAAACAGAAGCUCGAGUUUCUGCGUCAGCUAUAUGUGCCUCUUCGCAGACUGUUCAAUACCACUACAACUAGUUCCAAAGCGAACCGCGACCGAGUCAAGAGCAUCAAUCGUCUCGAGGUGCUUCAAACCCUACGUGACCGUUUCCCCCGCUUUGAGGAAAACCCCUUUGAGUUCUGGGAAAGUCCCAUUGAGUCAUUACCACGAUAUAGCGAGCAAGCAGAACGAAAUAGGGCAAAGACUUUCCUGGAAGGUGCAGCUCAGUUAGAUAAUAAUAUCGAUGAGCAACGUAUUCUGCGAAGAUUCGUGGCUGUCUCCGCCUACAAGCUCUUUAGACGAGCGAUUCCGACGUCAGAGUCUCGGGUUGUGACAACAAGCGUGAAGCGAUUUUUGAUUCGUGCGGGUCUUUCUAUUUCAGACAAUGACGUUGACAAAUACGGUGACAUCAUUCGACGAGGGCAAAGACACACCAACUUCUGCCAGGAGCUUGCAGCCGGUGUAUUGGUCCAUAAAAAUAUGGAAGCCGAUGACAUUAGCGAUGGUGGUGUGGUAAACAGGGAAGAAUACAAUGAGAUUUACGGGCCCUUAUUUUUCUCAUCUAUUCCAGAUAGCAUAUGGGACGAUAAAGGUCUCGUUGGAGAAGAUUUCAAUCUGACCAUCAAAUAUCUUCGUGGAAUUGACAUCAUAAAGAAGUCCGAAGAAUCAAACGCAACCUCUAUGGCUAAGUACUUGUUAGAUUUUCAUGCUAAGUUCAUUUGGAUUGCCGAAAUCGACCCAGGGCAAAGUUUGACAGGCAAAAGAAAGCAUGAUACAAAGAUGCACGCAAGAGCUGGCGGAAAGAGAAGUAAGAAACGGAAUCCAAGAUCCUUUUCUGCUGUCGAGACCUGCCACCCAGGGAGUACCAAACGACUUGGUGAAUUUAUUCCAGGCGCGCAGCUUCUCGCGGGAUUGCCAAGUGAGGGAUCGUGUGUGCCCGUUACUAUAGGGUCUGCUUCAAACUCUCUUGCGUGGCAGGCCUCAGGAGCCAGUCAAUCCAGAGCAGGACCAGCGGAGCAAGCGGAGCAUGGAUCUGGGAAUGACACACAGGAAUCAGUCAGCAGUGAAGUUCCGUCCCGGUUCAACACUUUGGUUUCGGCUGCAUGCUCUGCAAACCCCAGCCAAGAGAGGUCAUCUAUGGAUUUCGUCCGUCCGCAGUCACCACAAGUUGAAGAAACAGUUCUUGACCUCACUGCUCUUGAUUUCGUGACCCCGCAGUGUCCUAUAUCGAAUAAUGGGAAUGUCCUUGAUCUAGCGGAUCUCGAUUUUGUUGCUCCCUUGCUUGAUAUGACCGACCUGGAUUUUGUUGAUCCGCAGUCCUCUUUCUUCCCCCACUUUUAUUCUUUUGAACAAAAUGUACCGCUUGCUCAAAAUCAAAAUUAG